GCCCCGCCCCAGUCCCGGCCCCGCCCCUCGCCGCCGGCGGGUCAUGUGACGGGCCAAGAUGGCGGCGCUCAUGGCGGCGGUGCCGGUGCUGGCGCUGCUGGGGCUGUGCCUGGGCCCCGCGGCCGCCGCCACGCCGCUGGUGAUCUGGCACGGCAUGGGAGACAGCUGCUGCAAUCCGGUGAGCAUGGGCUACAUCCAAAAACUGGUGGAGAAGAAAAUUCCGGGGAUUUACGUUCUGUCGCUCAAGAUCGGCAGCAACCUGAUCCAGGACAUGGAAAACAGCUUCUUCAUGAACGCCAAUGAGCAGGUGAGGGAGGUGUGCACCCAGCUGGCCUCGGACCCGCGCCUGCAGCAGGGCUACAACGCCAUGGGCUUCUCCCAGGGAGGCCAAUUCCUGAGGGCUGUGGCCCAGAGGUGCCCUGCUCCUCCCAUGCUCAACCUGAUCUCCGUUGGGGGACAGCACCAAGGGGUGUUCGGAUUCCCGCGCUGCCCCGGGGAGAGCUCCCACCUCUGCGACUGGAUCCGCAAAACCCUGAACCUGGGAGCCUACACCAAGGCAGUGCAGGAGCACCUGGUCCAAGCUGAGUAUUGGCACGACCCGCUGAGGGAGGAGGACUACAGGAAGAACAGCAUCUUCCUGGCUGACAUCAACCAGGAGAGGGGCAUCAACGAGACCUACAAGAAGAACCUGAUGGCUCUGAAGAAGUUUGUGAUGGUGAAAUUCCUCAACGAUACCAUGGUGGACCCUCCCAUCUCCGAGUGGUUUGGGUUUUACAAAAGUGGCCAAGCCAAGGAGACCAUCCCUCUGCAGGAGACCUCGCUGUACAAAGAGGACCGCCUGGGGCUGCAGGAGAUGGACAAGGCAGGGAAAUUGGUGUUCCUGGGGGUGCAGGGGGAUCACCUGCACUUCUCAGAGCAGUGGUUUGACAGCACCAUCCUCCCCUUCCUGCAGUGAGCUCCUCUGCAGCAGGGACAGCGUUUUUCCACUGUCACUAACACCAGCAGCAGCAGCCAAACCUGCAGGGAUUUGGGGAAGGGGAACAGGGGGAGGGUUCAGCUCAGCAGGGUGGAAUUGCACUCCCAUCUGGGCUGACUCCAGCCUGGUAAACCCAGCCGAGUUCCCAGAGCUGUGGCUGAGCCCUGAGGGGUCCCUGGGUGAGGGCAGGGCUGUGCCAGGGGUUUGUUCUCCAUCCCCUCCUCCUGCAGGACACACUUGGCAGUAUUAACCCAACUCACUAGAGCAGGGAUCAGCAACUCAUGGCUGUAUGCAGGGGAAUCGUGUUACAGCCCUUCACGAUGGGGGAAAAGGGCAAAUUUAGGGGUUUCUGGUAAAAAUAAAGGGUUUGGAAUUCAGCAGUAUUAACAGCUUGAACAGUUUUCAACUAAUGGCUUGGUCUGUGCUCUUUUGUACAACUGAAAUCAAUAAAGAACUUUCCAUCUAACCAACUAAAAAAAAACCUUGGACAACUACUGACUGUGUUUGGAGGGGAGCUGGGGAAAAUCUGGGAAAGAUUUGAAGGAAUCAGGGCAGGGUCAGGCAGAGGGGGGUCCCCAAAAAGAGACAAGAGCCACAGAAAUGAGCAAGUUGGCAUUAACUUUAUUCUAUCUUCCGUAUAAUCUUAAGUACAUAAGAAAGGUUUUUUUUCCACAAGCCUCAGGAGAAGACAAGUACAAGUCACAGGACAGUUUCAAAAUAAAAAAAAAAAAAUUUGCAUAAUUUUUUUUUCUUUUUGUAAGUUUUGUACUAGAGAAAAAGAACAUUGACACUUUACAGAAGAAAUGCGUUUUUAAGAUAUGCUUAUGCCACCCGAGGCGUUGGAAAAACGAAGGUCAAAGCACGUGCAGCUCCCUUUGUGGGUCAGUACAGUACUGUGAGAUCCACUCUGCCCCAGCGCCCUGGGACAGAGGCCACGAGCUCCCACCAAAAUAAAGAGCCAAGCAAAAAGAGAGGGGAAAAACCAGGGAGAGGAUUCAUGGGGGGCUGAUUGCAGAUGGGGAGAUGAACAGAGUGGAUUUGACAGGGUAUUUACAGCUCUGCACAUCUGACCUGGAAUGGAAGGGCACAGGUUCACCCUGCAGGGCUGAACCUGAGUUCAGCUGCUCCAAGGAGGGAGCCCUGGGGAAGGUUCCCCCGUGAGGGUGGAGAUGAUGGAGUGAGGGGUGCUGAGCUCCAGGCCAGGCUGCGGGGUGGCCGCGGUGACAGCGCGGUGACAGCGCUGCAGCCUCGCUGUGGCACUGGGGGAUGGAAGCCUCCUGUCAUGGCACAAUCAGGAAUGCACUGAGCUACUGGGAAUGGUGGAGAUCGGGGUGGGAUUGGCCCAGGUCCUCAGCCUUUGGUCCGACAAAACCGUUCCCGUGUCCUGGGAUGCCACCAACUGUUCCGGAGAGCUGGGGUGUGCAGCUUCCAGGACCUUCCCAAGACCUCUGCCCUGGCAGCUGGGCACUGUGGGCUCCGACAGACACUCGUUAAAAAGGGGACAACACUCCUCUCACGUGAACAGUUUUACUUAAAGGCAAUACAAAAA